UCACCUUACGCUUAGUCCUCUCAAUUCCACAUUUCUCGCAGGAGAUUCGCCGGAAAAGCUCACAAUGUCCGAAAAGAGCAAGAUUCUCAUAAUAGGCGCCACUGGCUACAUCGGAAAAUUCAUCGUCGCUGCCAGCGCUAAGUCCGGUCACCCUACCUUCGCUCUCGUCAGAGAAUCCGCCGUUUCGAAUCCUUCCAAGUCGGAAAUCAUUGAGAGUUUCAAGACCUCCGGCGUGGCUUUGGUGUAUGGAGAUCUAUACGAUCACGAGAGUUUGGUGAAGGCGAUUAAGCAAGUGGAUGUGGUCAUCUCGACCGUUGGUCGCGCACAGUUGUCGGAUCAAGUCAAGAUCAUUGCUGCCAUCAAAGAAGCUGGAAAUGUCAAGCUUCUUCUUGAAGUGCUUUAUUUCAUCCAGAGAUUCUUCCCAUCAGAGUUUGGAAAUGAUGUGGACCGUGUCCAUGCGGUUGAGCCAGCAAAAACAGCAUUUGAGAUAAAGGCUCAAAUCCGCCGCACUAUUGAGGCUGAAGGAAUUCCCUACACCUAUCUGUCCUCCAACACAUUUGCUGGCUUUUUCCUUCCUACAUUUUCACAGCCUGGAGCCACCGCUCCCCCCAGGGAUAAAGUUAUUAUUUUAGGAGAUGGGAAUCCAAAAGCUGUUUUUAACAAGGAGGAUGACAUUGGCACCUAUACUAUUAAAGCUGCGGAUGAUCCUAGAACCUUGAGCAAAAUCCUUUACAUCAGGCCUCCUCAGAACACCUACUCAUUCAACGAAAUUGUCUCCUUAUGGGAAAAGAAGAUUGGAAAAACCCUUGAGAAGAUAUAUGUUCCAGAGGAGCAAGUUCUGAAGAACAUCCAAGAAGCCUCUGUUCCACUCAAUGUGAUGUUAGCAAUCAGUCACUCUGUUUUCAUUAAGGGAGACCACACCAACUUUGAGAUCAAGCCAUCAUUUGGAGUGGAGGCUUCAGAGCUAUAUCCUGAUGUCAAAUACACAACUGUGGAUGAGUACCUCAACCAGUUUGUGUGAGAGCUUCAUUUGAACUUCUACAAUAUAGAAGAUGAGAAGCCUCAGCUCCACUCAAGGCAAUAUUAUCAAUCGAUCACUCUGUUUUCGUUAAGGGUGACCAGACCAACUUCGAGAUCGAUCCAUCAUUUGGAGUGGAGGCUUCAGAGCUAUAUCCUGAUGUCAAAUAGUAUGAGGUUAGACUCUGGUCCUGAUAGUUUUCAACCUUUUCAUUUUCAUGCUGCACUAUCUAAAUAAGCAAACAUGUGUGGCUGUCUUAAUUCAUGUUGUGUGGAAAAUAGUGGAUUAUUUCCUUGUCUAUGCCAUUGGGCAUAUUCUGUAGUAGGACAAUGUGCCUUUCUAAUCUUAUCCAAGUAGAAGUUUCUGGAAUUAGAUUUUUUAUCUUCUCUGAUACCUGAUUAGAGAUGGAGCUAUACAGAACGGAACACCUAGCUCCUACUAUAAUAUUUCUAGCUCAAGAGAGGGAGCUUGAAAGAAACAGGCUUGAUGAAGAAAUAAAUGUAUAUAAAACAAUUACAAGGCUUAUUCUAUUGAGACAAGAAAAGGCAAUGAUGUAAUUCAUGAACUAUUCAAGUUUGAAAUUUGAUACAACGGUUGUCCUU